ACGCGUUAGUCGGCAUUAGGGAUAUCUUCCUCAACCAUCCGUCAGAACUCAAAAUGCACAAACUCCGUGUUAUAGAAAAACUGCGUGAGCGCAUGAGUGACGAAGACAAAGUUGUGCGUGAGACUCUUUAUCAACUUUUAAAGACAGUCAUAUUUCCUGCCUGUAAAGAGGGUAACCAGGGAACUUUCAUAUCUUUGAUGAUGGCAUAUGUAUUCAAUGCAAUGACACAUUUGACGAUUGAUGUUCGUUUGAUGGCUUUUAAAACUUUUGACCUUGUUGUCCAGCACUACCCAGUGUCAUUCUCCAUGUUUGCCGAGAAGAUUAUCCAACAUUACAAAGAGAUAUUGCAGAAGAACCAGUUUAAUUUGCACGACAAGGGAAAACUUAAGAGUGUUCUUGCUGGUUUGGCAUACUGUCUCUCUUUGUUGCCUUGUAACACGACGGAUAACAACUCGUCAACUGAUAAUGCUGUUGCUGAUAGAAGAAUUUUGCAUGCUUUUGAGUCUGAAACACAUAAAGAUCAUUCUGGGUUUUCUUCGACUGAAAAGGAAUUGAAGGGCCUUUUGCCUAUUUUAAUCAGUGGUAUCCAGGAUUUUAUGCCUUCAUGUUUGGCAAUGGAAACACAAUCAUAUGAUUGUGUGCUUUCUAUAUUGAAAAGUAUAGAUCUUGUUGUCAAGUUUUUUGUUAAUGGGAAGGGUAGAAGCGCGAAACAACUAAAAGUCUCACUACCUUCAAAUGGAAGUGAUCAAGUUGUGCUGCAAAAGCUAUUGAAGAAGUUGUUCGUUUUAUUUCCCCUUAACCCCACACAUCAGUCAUCAGAGAAGGUUGAAAAUAGGCUUUUUAAGUUGAAUGUAAUAGUUUCAGAGAUCUUCUUUUGCUUAUAUGAUUGGUCCGCUCCCCCAUCUGUGUUUCUGGAUAAAUUUCUGGUGUUCAUUAUAGAUGCAUUGUCUGAGAAGGUAGUGCGUUCCGGCAGAGCGUUUUUCCAAAAGCAUUUCCUUUCAUCCCUAAACUGGUCAUGCAAGUGGACAAUGCAUGGAAAUCACAUAUUCUUCAGGCUUUUACAGAGGUUUUCAAAAAGUGUGAUCCAGAGUCUUCAAUGAAACUAGUUUGUCUUUCAGCAGUCGAAGAGAUGCUAUUUCUUAAAACCAGUUGGGUAUCCCCAAACACAAGUGAUUCGGAAAUUAUAGACUUUCAGAUAUCCUGGAUAAGGGAGAUUCCUUUGUUGCUAACCCUCUUGGGUGAUAAAAACCCAUUGGCGACCAAGCAGGAUGUAUUGCGUCUUCAACUUCACUUGGCACAAUGUGGAACUCACUCACAGGAGCUUGACAACAUGCAGUACACGUUGAGAGAAUUUUACAGUACAUGUCCCUGUGACGGAGAUAUUUCCUAUGGCCCUUUUAUGAAGCUCGGAAGAGAGAUUCAAGAACUUUCUGUUUGCUGCCUAUAUUACUUCUCCUUCAUGGACCCAUCUCUGCUUCAGUCGGUAGCUGGCUGUUGUUUGUCACAUGAUCUGGAUCCAUCUCUCUUAUUUCGCUUCUUGGAAGUUCUGAAUUGUGCUUAUAGAGCUGGACAUAUCCAGAUUGCUGACUAUAUUAGUUUUCUCAUCACAUUACUGUCACGAUAUCAGGUGUCUUCUGAAAGCGGUUCACUCGAUGUGGAGAUUUGUGUGAAGUCAAACUCUGAAUUGUUUAGGUCUGUCACUAGUGCUGUUUGCUCUUGUCUGCAUCAGAUUGGAGAUGAUCAUCUUGUUUUUAAGAUGCUAGAGGGAGCAGUUGUUGACCAGAUUUCAAAUAAGCCACCCUUGGACAACACCUGUGCGUUGCUUAGAAUGAUCAUCACACUUGAUUCAAAUCCCACUAAACUUUGUGAACAGAGCAUCUUGAAACUAGGGAGCGUCCUUACAGGGUACAUGAUUGACGUUGUUUCUGUAAGUAGUCUUGGAAAAGAAGAUUGUGGGUUAAGCAACGGCAUUCAUACCAGCAGAAGCCGUUACUAUAUUUUGCCUUGUUUCCUUUUGUUCUAUAGGGGUGAAAAGAUUUUAAAUCAUGUGUUGAAUGUGAUGUCAUCUUUCAUCAUGGGAAAUGAUUCCCCGACUUUUGACGGUCAAAAUGGCCAUGUUGUUAUGAUUGACCAUUUAAACAGGAUAACUGCAGUUGUUGGCAUCCUUUUGCUAAUGAAUGAGGAUGCUAAAGUUUGGCAAAUGUUACAGUGUUACAAGAAAGAGACCGACAGCAUACUGCAAAAUAUACUCACAGUAAUGUCUGAUGGAGACAACUUGAGGAUCGAAGAGAAGCACAGAGUACAAUGUUCAUAUGAUCGAUUAAAGAGACUCUUUACUCUGUAGAUAGUAUUAAUAAGGUGGUGAUGUAUGAAAUUUGAACUGGUAUGUCGCAAGACCUGUGGAUCAAGGCCAGUUUUCCAAUAAAUUUACCAACAAAGUGCUGAAGCUUGUUUACUGCGCUGAAUCAAGUGGGGAAAGAUAUAAGUAGGUAGAGAAUGGUUUGAUUAUUGCGGCUACUCUCUCAAUGACCGGGGUCAAUUCUAAUUGACAUAGAUGUUAUAACGCGAAAUGUCUACCUACCAAGCAUUUUAACUUUUAAUUACCGGUAUUUUUCUUUAA